AAACACCUGAAAGUGGAAACCUCGGCUGUUCAAAAGAUGCAACCAGAUUUAAACACCUCAAGAAAUACGUUUACUCAUAUGAGGCAGAAACAUCAAAUGGAAUCCCUGGAACAGCUGAUUCUCGGAGUGGUUCAAAGAUCACCUGCAAAGUUGAACUGGAGGUACCACAGCUAUGCCACUUCAUCUUGAGGACAAUGCAUUGCUCCCUGAGGGAGACAUUCGGAGUUGACACUGAGGGAAGAGCCAUGCUAAAAAAGUCAAAGAACUCUGAGGAUUUUGCAAAUGCUAUGUCCAAGCAUGAGCUAAAAUUUAGCAUUCAAGAUGGAAACAAUGUCAAGCUGUAUCCUGAGAAGGAUGAACCUCUGAAUGUCCUGAAUCUCAAGAGAGGGAUCAUUUCAGCUCUCCUUGUGCCAACAGAAACAGCAGAAAAUAUAAAAACAAUAUCCAUGGACACUAUAUAUGGAAAGUGCGAUAGUGAAGUUGAAUUCAAAUCUAGGAAAGGAAAUGUUGCUGAAGAAGUUUCAAUUAAUAGGGACCUGAAAGUCUGUGACAACUUCAGUCCCAUCAGAGAUUAUGUCAGCCCCAUCGCCAUUGUAAAGGGACUAAACAUUCCAUUAUCGACACUUCUGAGGAGCACUCAAUUCUGUCAUUACAAUAUUGAUGCAAAGAAAAGGCAUAUAAGAGAUGUUGUCUGCAGUGAAAAACACCUGUUUUUGCCUUCCUCAUACAAAAAUCACUAUGGAGUGAUGACAGAAGUCAACCAGACCUUGAAGCUUGAAGACACCCCUAAGAUCAAUAAUAGAAAUUUUGAUGGAGAUGAACUGGAAGAGAAAGGACUUGCACUGGAAAGUUCAGAUGCAAAAUUUCCCAAGCAAGAGGAUGCUGUUCUGAAAGCUCUUCAGGAAUUGCAAAAACUUUCAGCCUCCCAACAGAACCAGCAGAGAGCAAGACUCUUUUACAAAUUUGUUUCUGGACUUAGAAGUUUACACAAUGCCAGUCUUGGUUCUCUUGUACCAAAGAUGAUGGAAACUUCCAGUUCCCUUACAGUCCAGGCCCUGACUCAGUGCGGGACUCCAGAGUGCUAUAGUGCUGUCCUCCAGAUACUGAGAACAGGCAAUGUCAAUCCACUUGUGACAGACCUGGUCACAUAUACCCUGGGACUGCUGCCUUCUCCAACUGCUGAAAGAAUACGGGAAAUUCUUAACAUGGCCCAGUAUCGGCCAAGCAGAGCUUCAUUUUAUGGAUUGAGUCACUCUGUUAAUAAAUUCUACAAUGAGAAGCUAACUGUGACAGAAGAAAUAAGAGAUGUUGCAGACUUCAUGGUAUCACUCCUUGGCACAGAAUGCUCUGGGGACGAAGAGCUCACAUAUCUCACACUUAGGGCUAUUGGAAACAUGGGCACAAUAAUGGAAAAAGCUAAGCCCAACCUGAAAUCUUUGCUUAAGACAUGUAUCAGAAAUGAAGCUGCAUCACCUUCAGUUCAGAAAGCAGCCAUCCAGGCAUUCAGAAAAAUGACUAUUACAGAAGAGGACCGUUCAGCUCUUCUGAAAGUAUUCAAUGAAGGGGAUGCACUUGCUGACAAACGUCUGGCAGCUUAUCUCAUGCUGAUGAAAAACCCUUCUCCAAGUGACCUCACCAAGAUUGUAAGAGUCCUGACAAAGGAGAGGAAUGAACAAGUGAAAAGCUUUGUUGCCUCACAUAUUGCUAACAUCUUAGACUCUGAAGAAACAGGCAUUGAAGAUCUGAAAAGCAGAGUAGAAGAAGCCCUGAAAGGAAACCAGGUUCCAACAGCCAAGGAUUUCAGAAAAUUCUCACAAAAUUAUCAGAUUUCCAAAAGAGUUUCUCUACCUGGACUUGAUCCCAUCUCUGCCAAAGUAGAAGGAAAUGUGAUAUUUGACCCAAACGCUUACAUUCCUAAGGAGACUAUGUUAAAAACCACCCUGAAUCUGUAUGGAUUGCACCCAAGCGAUAUCUUUGAGCUUGGCUUGGAUGGAAAGGGUUUUGAACCAACCCUGGAAGCUUUAUUUGGAGAGAAGGGAUUUUUCCCAGACACUACGCACAAAGCUUUGUACUGGGUUGACGGCAGAGUUCCAGAAAAGGUCUCCAAGGCACUCUUUGACUAUUUUGGUUAUUCCCAGGAUGGCAGACAGGAACAGGAUAUGGUGAAAGCAAUAAUGCUUAACCUUGAAAAACUCAUAAAAGAAUUGAGCAACAAGGAAGUUCCUGAAGGAAGAGCACAUCUGAGAAUCUUGGGAGAAGAACUUGGAUACAUGAAACUCAAUGAUUUCAAAUUGCUGGGAAGCAUGAUUUUGAAGAGCAUUAAAACUGUUCAGGGUAUUCCAGAAAUGAUUGCACAAGCCAUCUCAAAAGGUGCUGACAGGGACUUAUUUGUGCACUACAUGUUCAUGGACAAUGAGUUUGAGCUCCCAACUGGAGCAGGUUUGCAACUCAAGUUUGCUUUGUCUGGAAUAGUGACACCUGGGGCCAAAGUAGCUGUGAAGCUUCAUCAAAAAAGCAUGCAAGCAGAAUUCAUUGCUAAACCUUCCGUAGCAAUAGAGUUUGUAACCCACCUGGGAGUAAACAUGCCUGAAUUUGCUAGAAGUGGUGUGGAGAUGAAUUCCAACAUAUUCCAUGAGUCUGGAAUUGAAGCACAUGUUAGCAUGAAAGCUGGACAACUGAAGUUCAGCAUUCCUGCUCCAAAGACUCCGACAAAACUCCUAAGCAUCAGCAACACACUACAUUUGGUGUCUCCAACAAAAACUGAAGAGAUUCCACCUCUGAUUGAGAAUAGGGAAUCAUGGACUUCUUGCAAGUCUUUUAUUACUGGUCUAAAUUUCUGCACCAAUGUGUUAUACUCCAAUGCCAGUGCUACAGAUUCAGCUCCAUACUAUCCCCUGACUGGAGAAACCAAAUUUGAAGUUGAAAUAGUUUCCACAGGCGAAGUGAAGCAAUACUCUGCAAGCGCUAACUAUGACUUGCAGAGGGAGGGAAGUGACCUGAUAGACACCUUGAAGUUUGCUCUCCAGGCAGAAGGUGUAAGGCAGCAUGAGGCCACACUGACCUUCAGGUACAACAGGGACAGGAGAAUUUUGACCAGUGAUGUCCGCGUUCCAGAUAUUGAUAUUGACUUUGGUACAAACUUCAGAAUUACUGAUGAAUCUGUUUCUGGGAAGAAAGCAUAUACCUUAAUCUUAGACCUGCUAAACAAGAGGAUAGCUGAAGUUACUCUUACUGGACAAAUAAGAUAUGCUGGAAUGGAAGAAGCAAUGCUAAGAGGCACCCUUUCCAUACCUCGCCUGCAAACUGAACUUAGAACUGAAGCACUGGUUAAUUACUCACUGACCAAAGGAUAUCUUCAGAUGAKCUCAGCUGCAACAUCUCCUGGGAAUUCAGUUUCAGGAAGAGUUGUUUUCAGAUAUGAUUCUGAGAAAGUUGAACUGGAGUGGAAUUCAGGAGCAAAUGCUGCUGUGAAGAAAAUGUCUUCUGGCUUCACAGUUAAUCUUUCAGACUACCCCAAAACUUUGCAGAAGCAUGCUAAUGAACUGCUGGAUCGGAAAGUAGCUCAUACAGAUAUGACGCUGCGACAUAUUUUAUCACAAUUUAUCGUGGCAACAAACACCUGGCUGCAAAAGGCAUCAAAAGAUGUCCCCUAUGCGCGGACUCUACAAGACAAACUAAGUGGACUACAGGACCUGAACAUCCAGAAAAUGAACCUGCCUGUUAUCACUAUUCCUGAAGAACUUUUCCUGAAAAGUGAUGGCCGGAUCAGAUACAACUGGAAUAAAAACAGUUUUGUAAUUAAUAUUCCAUUGCCAUUUGGUGGAAGAUCAUCCCAUGACAUGAAGAUGCUACAAACUGUUAAAACACCUCCUCUGGUAAUGGAGUCCAUGGGAAUAAAUGUACCAUCGCAGGAAUACAGAAUCCCACCGUUUACUGUUCCAAAAUAUUAUCCACUUCGUGUGCUUUUACUUGACACUUUAGAGGUCUCUAGUAAUAUCUAUAGCAACUAUUACAACUGGUCAGCAACAUACACUUUGGAUAACACCCACACAGACAAAACAUCCAUAAGAACUACUUAUGCCAUGAAUGCCGAUUCAGUUUUUGAGCUGCUUUCUUACAACGUAAAAGGUUCUGGAGAAGCAUCUUAUCAUAGGAAUGGCUAUAUGUAUKCAUAUGAAAAUCAUCUGAAACACAGACUGUUAACAUCAGUUUUUAAACUGGCCAGGACAAAGAGCUAUGAACCUAGUCCCACUGGAAACUGCACGGUAUCACUUAUGGCAUCAAGCACUCUGGGUCCUCAGCUUUCAUUUUCCACCGAUAUUGUUUCUGAGAAGACAAAUAAUGUGAAUAUCAAUAAUGUCAAGAUGGAAGGCCAGCUGGAAGUGGCUUCUGUCUUUGCAAGAAGUAUUUACACUCUGUCAAGCUCGUACAAUGAAAAGAGACGGGUUUUAGAAGGGAAAUCAAAUCUGAAGUUGGAUUCUUCUUACCUUCAGGCUACCAAUCAGGUAUCUGGCAGAUACAGUGAUGGUGUGUUUUCCAUUACAUCUGUCUCUGAUGUACAAAGUGGACUAUUAAAGAACACAGCUUCACUAAGGUAUGAAAACAGCCAGCUGAAAGUGACAUCUGAGACAAAUGGAAGAUACCGACAACUUGCAGGUGUCAAUAAGCUUGAGUUAAUUUUAUCGAGGAAGACAGCUGCUCUUCGCUCAGAAAACCAAGCCACUUACAAGCAAACCCAGUAUUAUGCCUUGUUUGCAGGUUCUCUCAACUCCCAGGAUCUUGUUUUCAACACUGAUAUUUCAAUGACUGAUCAAAGGAAUCGAGCUGCCCAUAAGUCAUCUCUCAAUAUUAAUCAGUAUGGUCUAGCCAGCAGUGCAACCACAAAUGUGCAGUUUAGUCCACUGACAAUGCAGAGUGAAGUGAAUGCCAAGCUCGAUACUUCCGGAGGCUCCAUGUCGCUAUCCUCUUCUGGGCGCUAUGGUAAAAACAAUGCAAAAUUCAAUAUAGGUGGAAGAGUGAGCUUAAUGGAAAUAACACUGGGAAGUGAAUAUCAGAGUACAAUUCUGGGCAUGGACAACAAACAUGUUUUGAACUUCAGAGUUAAUUCUGAAGGACUCAAAUUUUCAAAUAACUUGCAAGGAUCAUUUAAAGAAAUCAAGCUGGAGUACACAAAUGACUUGAAUAUACCUGGCUUAUCCUUAACAUAUGCUUCAAAAUUAGACAACAGCUUCAGUUCUGAGAAGUUCCACAAGCAUGUCUUUGAUCUACAACUACAGCCUUGGUCACUUACAGCUAAGAUGASUAAUAAUAUUAAAUACACUAGAACUGAAGUUAGCAACAAAGCGGAAUUACUCCUUGAGCCUCUGAAGCUGAAUUUGGGUGGUAAUGUGAGAGGAGCCUAUGGAGCAGAUGAAAUAAGGCAUACCUACGCCAUUACAUAUGCUGAUCUGGCUGCAAACUUUAAAACAGAUACAGUUGCAAAUGUUSAAGGCGCAGCAGUGAGUCACAGAGUUAAUCUGAAUGUGGCAGGACUUGCUUCCUCAAUUACCAUCAACACAAACUGUGAUUCCAAAUCUCUCCGUUUCAGCAAUGCUGUACGUUCCACUAUGGCCCCAUUUACUAUCACUGCUGAUGUACAUACCAACGGUAAUGGAAAGCUGAUUGCUAUGGGUGAACACACUGGAGACCUUUACAGCAAAUUUCUGUUCAAAGCAGAGCCUCUUGCUUUCACUUUCUCCCAUGAUUACAGAGGAUCUACCAGUCACAACUUGAAGUCUAGAGGAAGGUACACUACACUGCUUGAUAAUAAAGUCCAUGUGCUUUUUACUCCAUCAGAGCAGUCAAGUGCUUGGAAAAUGAAAAGUCAGCUGAACAAUAAUGUAUAUUCACAAGAUCUCAGUGCUUACAACGAUGCAGAAAAGACUGGUAUGGAACUUAGUGGAAGAGCUUUGGCAGAUCUCUCUCUAAUGGAUUCAUCAAUCACAGUGCCAUUCACCUCUGAAGCAAUUAAUGUAAUUGAUGUGUUAGGCCUCAGGGACAGUUUGUCAGAGCCUCAGGAAUUCAGUAUCUCUGGCUCUGUGAAGUAUGACAAAAAUAAAGACAUGCAUGUUAUCAACCUGCCAUUUUUGGAACACUUGCCAGUUUACUUUGAGCAAAUCAGAGGCGCUAUUCUAUCCACACUGCAGGCCAUCCAUAAUCUCCCACAGCAUGUCAAUGACUACAUAGACAAACUGGAUAUGAAGGGCAGGGUUAGCAGCAUGAAAACUAAUCUGAUUGCUUUCACAAAGGACUACAGCAUAACAGCUGAUGAUCUCCAAAUUAUACUAGAAAAAGCCCUGGUCAAUAUUCAAGAAAUACUGUUUCAACUGCAGGACUACCUAGUACAAAUUGAGCAAUACAUAAAAGAUAAUUAUGAGCAGUAUGACAUUAAAGUACUUAUUGGACAGCUUCUUGACCAAAUAGUUGAAAAAGUAAUAGCUCUAGAUAGCAAGUAUAAGAUAAGAAUGACUGUAGUUGAUAUUAUUCAGAAAUUACAAAAUUAUUUUCAGCAAUAUAAUCCUAGUGAAAUUGGAAGCAGCACUUUGGCUUGGAUUAAAAAUGUAGAUGAAAAGUACAAGAUCAGAGCUUGGAUACAGGAAAACCUGGAAAAACUGAAGACUCAAAUUCAGAAUAUUGAUGUCAGACGCAGCGUUGAAAACUUGAAACAGAAGAUUAAAAUGAUUGAUGUUAAAAAAACUUUUGAAAAAUUGAAGCGUUCUUUGCCAAUGAAAAGACUGAAUGAAAUUCUUGAACAAAUCAAAGACUUCAUUCUAAACUGGAUGGAAGAGUAUGAAGUGUCUGAGAAGAUCAGCACUUUCCGAGGUCACAUGCGCAAACUGAUUGUAAAAUAUGAAAUUGAUAAGCAAGUAUAUUUUUUAAUGGAUAGGAUGGUAGAGCUGCUUAACCAGUACAAAAUAAAAGAGACUGUCCAGAAACUAAUCUCAUACUUGAAAAAAAUCGAUGUGAAAUCAUGCUUUGAUAAAGUGGUUACUUUUAUUGAUAAUGCUGUCAAGAAAGUGCAAACUUUUGAUUAUGAAAUGAUGAUAAAUGAAAUCAACAAGUUCCUUGACAGGAUUAUAAAAAGUCUCAUAUCUUUUGACUAUAACCAGUUUGUUGAUGACACAAAUAACAAAAUCCGAGAACUGACACAGAAAGUAAAUGAGGAACUCAGAAAUCUAGAACUUCCACAGAAAGCCGAAGCACUGAAACAGUAUAUGAGAGAUGUUAACCGUGUGAUUUCAAGAUACGUAGAACAACUCAGGGACACCAAGCUUGCUGCAAUAAUUAACUGGUUCAGGGACCUCAUAAACUCAACAACGUUUGCUAAUAUAAAAGCCAAGAUAAAUGAACACCUGGAAGAUCUGCGAGAGAGGAUUUCUGAAAUGGAUAUUUCCAAGGAAUUUCAGUGGUAUCUUCAGAAGAUAAGCCAGUUCUACAGUUCGGUUGUCAUAUACAUUUCUGACCAGUGGAACAUUGCUUUUAAGAAGAUUGUUGCUCUGGCUGAAGAGUAUGAUAUCAAAAAUUGGGCUGAAAAUUUAAACCAGUUUGUUGAAUCAGGAUUUCAAGUCCCCGAAAUCAGAACUGCUAUAAUCACCAUACCGGCCUUUGAGGUUAGUCUCCGAGCCCUGCGGGAAGCAACAUUUCGAACACCAGAUUUCUUUAUCCCACUGACUGAUCUGCAUAUUCCCUCCUAUGAGAUCAAUAUUAAGAAACUAAAGGACAUAAAAAUCCCAAUGAGAUUUACUACUCCAGCCUUUACUAUUCUAAAUACAUUUGAAGUUCCUUCCUAUACAAUUGACCUGAAUGAGAUUAAACUUCAGUUUCUUCGAAUAAUAGACCAACUCAUGUCUGGUGAAUUUCAGUUGCCAGCAACUGAUGUGUAUUUUAAAGAUCUGAAGAUGAGAGAUAUGCCUUUUCCUGACAUUUCUUUCUCACAACUGCAAAUGCCUCAGUUUGAAAURCCAGUAUUAUUGGUUCCUAAGCUAAAUUUAAAUGAGUUCCAGAUUCCUGACAUGAAGAUACCAGAGUUCCAACUUCCACGUAUCCCACAUACUGCAACUAUCCCUACCUUUGGCAAAUUGUCUGGUACUUUCAAGGUUGCCUCGCCAUUCUUUACACUGUCCACACAAGCUGAAUUUCAUAACACUACAAGUUCUGCAAGCAGUCCAGAAUUUGUGACGUCUGUUUCAGCUCAAGCAACGUCCAAAUUAGAUUUUCUUGUUUUUAGCAUUAUUGCAGAUUCACGUGUCUCAGCCCCUGAGAUGAAGCAGCUGAACCUUAAAAAUUCCAUGAAGGUCAACCACAGAUUCCUUAAAGUUGAUCACACUGAUCAAGUAAAAUUUUUAGGGACUUCUGUAGAAGGGGAAGCUGAAACAAGAGCAAACUUAUAUACAACAAAAAAUUCAGUUGAAGUACAGAAUAAUUUAAUAGUCAAGCUGCAAAGAAAAAUUUGGGUACGGAGUGGAACGACAUAUUCCCACAGGCUGAAUAUUCCACAAGCUGCUUUCUCCAGCCAGGCUGAUCUGAUCAAUAACAUGACAACAGAGGUAGAAGCUGGACACAUAUCAUUUACGUCAGCUGGUAAAGGAAACUGGAAAUGGGCUUAUCCUAACUUCUCUGAUGAAGGGACUCAUGAUUCACGUGCCACUUUCAGAGUUGAAGGCCCCAUUAUUAUAUUUUCUGCCGAAAACAGAAUAAAUGAUAAGUACUUGAAAGUCAACCAAGCUAUGAAAUACGAAUGUGGUUUCCUAAAUUAUGCAACACUUCAGAUUCAGUCUGAAAUUGAGUUACAGCCUGUGGGACGCAGUGUUCUGAACUUAAAAGGCACAGGACAGCUUGGAGCCAUGAAGGUAGAAUUAACAGGCUCUCACAAUGCUCGGCUUAAUGGACGGAUUACUGGAACUGUGAAUAAUGAGAUUUCCUUCUUGGCCCACCUCUUUGAAAUUCGUCUAUUGACAAACAAUGAUGGAAAUGUGAAAAUCAGCUUCCCAAUGAAACUGACCGGCAAAAUUGACUUCCUGAAUAACUAUGGUCUUGCGCUCAGUUCCUCUAUUCAGCAAGUCAGCUGGCAAGCUGCUGGCAGGUUCAAUCAGUACAGAUAUUCCCAUAACAUGUCUGCAGCCAAUAAUGAUGACAGAAUUGAAGCUCACAUUGAAAUGAGUGGAGAUGCCAAUCUAGAUUUCUUAAAUAUUCCUCUAAGCAUUCCUCAACUUCAGGUUCCCUAUACAGAAAUCAAAACUCCUCAACUAAAAGAUUAUUCCCUGUGGGAACAGAUGGGUCUGAAAGAAUUAUUGAAGACUACAAGACAAUCAUUUGAUUUAAAUUUGAAUGCUCAGUAUGAAAAAAACAAAGACAUGCACUCGAUUCCACUUCCUUUGACGACAGUACAYGAAGUACUUAAUAAAUACAUCAUUUUCUUCAACAAGCAUUUUGAGAAAGGAAGAAAUGCUGCUUUAGAUUUUCUCACAAAAUCAUAUAACGAAGCCAAAACAAAACUUGAAAAAUACAAAGUACAGACAUCACUGAACAAACUACCGCGAGUCUUCAGAAUUCCAGGAUACACCAUUCCUAUCGUGAAUAUUGAAGUUUCUCCUUUUACUGCUGAGUUGCCAGCCUUUGGUUACAUGCUCCCCAAAGAAAUAAGCACAACAGGAUUCACAGUCCCAUUUAUUGGCUUUUCAGUACCGUCUUACACACUGGUCUUACCCUCUCUGGAGCUUCCAGUGCUUCAUGUCCCACAGGAUCUACGCACUCUUAAGCUUCCUAGAUUCAGAAUCAACAGCCCAUCAAAUCACAUAUUAAUUUAUGCCAUGGGGAACAUUACUUAUGACUUCUCAUUUAAAUCCAGUGUGAUCACUUUGACUGCAAAUGCUGGGCUGUUCAAUCAGUCAGAUAUUGCUGGGCGACUCAGUGUCUCGUCUUCUUCAGUCAUCGAUGCAUUGCAGUUUAAGCUUGAUGGUUCAACAAGUUUGACAAGAAAAAGAGGUUUGAAGCUGGCCACAGCGCUAUCCCUGAGUAAUAACAAAUUUCUAGGAGGAAAUCAUGACAGCACUAUUAGUCUCACAAGGAGGAACAUGGAAGCUUCAUUGGCAACAAAUGCAGAUAUCAACACACCCAUUUUAAAACUGAAUUUUAGCCAAGAGCUUUCUGGAAAUACCAAGUCCAAACCUACUGUUUCAUCAGGGCUAAAACUAACAUAUGAUUUUAAUACUACUGAAUACGGCACCAGGGCUAAAGGAGGAAUUGCUCACAAAUUUGCCUUAGAAAGCCUUACAUCUUACUUAUCAGUAGAAACAUCAACAAAAGGUAAUAUUGAUGGAGUGUUCUAUACUGGAAACUCAUUUUCUGGAAAUGUGGACCAUGAAGCAAACACCUAUCUGAAUGCUAAUGGAGCUCGGUCAUCUCUCAAACUUGAGGCCAGCUCCAAAGUAGAUGGACUGUGGAACAAUGAAAUGAAAGAAAUUCUUGCAGUUGAAGCAUCUAUCCGUCGUGUUUAUGCAGUCUGGGAGCACAAUGGGAAAAACUAUGCACGAUAUACACCUCUUUUCACAACUUCAGGGACUCAGAAAUGCAAAGCAACCUUUGAACUUGCUCCUUGGACUAUGUCAGCAGAUCUUCAGGUGCAAGCUACUCAGCCAAAUUCCUUCCUGGACACAGCUUCAGUUAAUCAAGUUGUCCUAGUGAAAAUCAAUACUGAACACCAGAAAGUUGGCUGGAAAGGUGAAGGCCAUGUUCAGUCAUUAUCUCUCAGUCAUGAUAUGCAAUUAUCAAAUGACAAAUCAAAAGCAAGAUUUGAUGUUUCUGGUUCUUUGGAAGGAUACGUAGGCUUCCUCAAAAACCUGAAGUGUCCCAUUUCUGAGAAGAGCUUGUGGGAUAUCUUGAAGCUGGAUGUUACUACCAGUGCUGACAGAAAACAGUUCUUAAAUGCUUCAGCAUCCCUGGUGUACACAAAGAGUGAAGAUGGCUACUUUAUCCCCAUACCUGUGAUUAAGCUUACAGAUGGCAUUUCUUUCAGUAUUCCUGAGCUAAACUUAAAUUCUCUAAGUCCUGUCCUCAGCACUCCGGAAUUUAGAGUACCUUUCACCACUCUCGAGGUCCCAUCAUAUACUAUUGACUUGCGCAACAUAAAGAUUCCACAGACACUGAGUACAAUGCCAUUCGAUGUGAAUUUGCCCACGCUGCCAAGAGUAAGAUUCCCCAAAGUGAACAUAGGAGCCAAUUAUAUUACAAUAGAAGAGUACAAAUUACCCUAUUUUGAAUUGACAGUACCUGAAUACCAAAUAACUGUGUCUCAAUUCACUCUUCCAAAGAAUAUUUCUCUUGGCAAUCUACAUAUAAAUCUGGAUGAAGUAGCUAAUAAGAUUGCAGAUUUUGAUCUGCCUACAAUUACAAUUCCUGAGCAGAAAAUUGAGAUCCCUCCUCUCAAAAUGUCCUUGCCUGCUGGAAUUUACAUCCCGUCAUUUGGUGCUUUAACUGGAUCUUUCAAAGUUGCUUCACCAUUGUACAAUGUCACCUGGAGAACAGAAUUAAGAAAUAAAACAGACUCCUUUCAGGAAUCCAUUGAUUCUACCUGCAGCUCAACCUUACAGUUYCUGGAGUAUGACUUGAGUGUUCUGUCAAACUACAAAUAUGAAGGAGACAUGAUUGUUGUGAAGACAGUUGGCAGCUUUUCACAUCGUGACAUGAGUGCAACCUACAAGGAAGAARCUUUUGCCCGAGGAAUUAGACUUGUGAAUGGCACUGCAUCACUCGACAUCACCAGCCCAACAUUUACUGAUGUUCACAUGCGUUGUAAAGGCACUGAGAGCAGGACAGCUGCCUCAAUAUCUUCACCCUCUGCUGGGACCUUGGGUUAUCUCAUUGAAUCUGACACUGACAUUCUGAAGGCAAAAAUUUACUACCGAACUCGGUCUGCUCCUCAAAAGGACAUUGACAUAUUGAAAAGUGAGAUAUCCUUCAAGAAAGCGGACCUGAUUCAAAUGAAAUUAAAUUGGAAAGAGGAUGCUGCCAAAGACUUGCUCUUGGGUCUAAAAGAAAAGGUACCUAGAAUGACAACUGCAGUCUAUAACUGUGUUAAUCGGUAUUAUAAGGAGCAUAUGGGAAUGGAUAUCAGUUCUGCCACACUGAAGAUGAAGAAUAUAAUGCAGAACAAUGCUGACAAAGCAUAUACAUUUGCUGUAAAAGAAAUAGAUGCACUAGAUGAUCAGCUUCGCACAGCUGCCAGUGAGGCCUCUGGCAAAUAUCAGGAGAUGAAGGUCAAAGCCAGACAGCUAUAUCGAAGAGCAGCAGAUCGAGCCGAGAAGUUUGACUACCAAAGAAUAAAAACAAAGCUUUUGGAUGCUACCAUUGACAUAAUAGAAGAAUACCACAAAAAGAUAAAGCACCUAAUUGACUCUGCCAUUGAAUUCCUGAAGAUCACAAAAUUCCAGGUCCCUGGGCUGACUGAGAAGUACACUGGUGAAGAAUUGUACCUCAUAACUACAGAGAAGGCGGCAAAAACUGCUGAUUUAUGUCUUUCAAAACUUCAAGAGUACUUUGAUGCUUUGAUUGCAGCUAUAAACGAACUGGAAGUGAAAGUUCCUUCUUCUGAAACAAUUCUCAAAGGCCGUAAUGUACUUGAUCACAUUAAAAAAAUGCUGAAACAACUGCAGGAAAAAAUCAGGCAGACAUUUGCUACUCUCCAGGAAGCUGAUUUUGCAGGAAAGCUUAAGCAGCUGAAGCAAAGAGUGCAACAAAUUUUCCAAAAGGCAGAAGAAAUGAUUAGAAGUUUGCAAUCCAAAAAUUUUGAAGACAUCAAAGUCCAAACACAACAGCUGUACAGAGAUGCAAUGGCUUCAGACUAUGCACAGAAACUGAGAUCAUUGGCUGUAGAUGUUAAAAAAUACAUUUCUCAGUUGAAAGCUUUUAGCCAAAAGACAGUCCAGGAACUUUCAGAAAAGUUGCACCAGCUGCUUAUGUAUGUAAAAGCAUUGCGGGAGGAAUAUUUUGAUCCAACUGCACUUGGAUGGUCAGUUAAAUACUAUGAAGUGGAAGACAAAGUACUAGGAUGGCUGAAGAAUCUCAUAGAUACACUGGUGGAUUGGCACAAGAAUUAUGUUGGCGAUCUUGCUGACUCAGUUACACGAGUGACCGAACAAGUAAGAGAUAYAGUGGAAAAAUACAGUCAGGAAUAUUAUGACCUUAUUGCUGAUGYUGAAGAAAAAGGAAAACAGAAAGUCAUGGAGCUCUCAUCUGCUGCCCAGGAAAAAAUCCGAUAUUGGUCUACAGUUGCUAAAAGGAAAAUUAAUGAAUAUAACAGACAAGUCAAAGCAAAACUUGAGGAGAUGUAUUGGCAACUUAGUCAGUCCCAAGAAAAGCUAAUUAGUGAGGCAAAAAAAUUAAUUGAUCUAACUAUAGAAAAUUACUCUGCAUUGCUGCAAUAUAUCUCUAAGCUUAUUCRUUGGUUAGAGCAAAUGACAGCAAACACCAUAAAACCAUAUAUAGCUGUUCGUCAAGGAGAGCUCAGAAUAGAUGUGCCAAAGCCAUUUGAUUUGGAGUCCAUCUACCAAGUGCCACAAAAAAGCAGAGAGGAACUCAGAAAAAAAGUGGAACUAACACGCACACUGAUUCAACAAGGCAUUGAACAAGGCUCUAGGAAAUGGGAAGAAAUGCAAAGAUUUAUUGACGAACAACUUGCCAUUGAGCAACUGAGUCUUCAACAGAUUGUGGAAAAAAUAAAGGAGCACCUGAAGACCUGAAUGGACAUGCAGAAAAAAGGAAAAAUAAUGAGUUUGUACCACAGUAUUUAAAGAUAACAGCAAUCAGCAUAUUGGAACUUCAGGUAGAUACUGUUGAAUCUGAAUUUGUAAAUGAAAACAGAAUAAUCUAYAGUAGGUUAUUUUAAUAAGCUUAAUAACUCAAUAAAUGAAUUCUUUAUUACAUUUUUGUGUCAUUUAUUGCAGGCAGUUUUACUUAGACCAUACAGCUUAAUCCAACAAUUGUUAAGGUCAAUGGAAGUCUUGUAUUGAUUUCCCUGUGUGUUG